AAUUUCCUACAAAACUGUGAUACCAUAUUUGAUCAAGAAGAAACUAAAUAACGUUUGGCGUUUAACGCUUUCUCGUUCCUUUCUAUUUCCAUCUCGUUUUAUCACCCGCGUUAAACAUUUAAACAACAACAAACAUGACAAAGACACACAAUACGAAUCGAUGAUAAAGAAAGAAACCUCGUAGGAAAGAGAUAAAUGAAUUGCGAUAUAUAAAAGUAGAAGGGAUCAAAAUGAAACUCGGUUGGCGGUUCGCGGUUCGUGUUCAUUCGUCCGUUUCUUCGUUUGUGUCCGUAUAGUUUUUUAUAUAAAUGUACAUGCACUACGUAUAAGUAUAAUAUAUAUAUAUAUAUAUAGCAGUGUGUCAAGUUGACAGUGUGACAUCACGCUUCAUUGUUAGAGGUUUACGUCAUUCUUUUUAUACAUUUUACAUUAGUACGUGUGCGAUCCGUGAGUGGAGACGACGCACACGCAAAAUUUUUUAGCUGCCGCAAAAACACUCUUUACAAUCUUGUCCCUUGUGUCUACACAACUCGUUGUUUAUCAUAAUACAUACAUAUAUAUAUACACAUAUUACAUUUAACAAUGCAAAUAUAAAACAAUAAUUAUACAAUAUUAUUUGUAUGGUCAUAAAUUUAUUUACAUUCCCUGUGAUAUUUGUUUAUUUAAUUUGCUUUUUUUUAUCGGUCAGCAAUCGCUGAGUUAAUUUUUAAAAAGUCAUAUUUUAUAACAUUACUUUUUAAACAAGAUUGUAAAGAUAUUUUAAAAUAGUUUUUCAAAAUUAUUUAAUAUCAUGUGAAAAUAUUUGAAUUUUUUAAAUUUAUUAAAAAUGUCGAGAGUUGAGCGCACGAUGCCGUGUGUGUUGAUUCUUUCAUUUUAAAUAUAACGGUGUGUAUAAAUAAGUAUGAGCAAUAGCGCGAGUACGCAAGGUUGCUGUCGUCGAUGAUGAUUUUGCGGAGAGUUUGAAUAGUUAUUUACCAUUAAUGUUAAUUUUUAAUCGAACGAGUAUAAGAAGGAAGUAAUAAACUACAAUAGCAUUGUUGUUAGCUCGGGACAUGAUAUGAGUAAGUAGGAACUACUCCGAAGGAAACAAAUAAUUACAUCAAGUUUUUAAAAGAGACAGAGACGAAAGAUCGAGGAAUUGAGAAAAUGAAAGCAAUCGAUGAGAUAGAAAUGUAGAGGGAAUUUAAUUGAAAAGUGAUAGCGCGUAUGUUCAUAUGCAUACAUAUAUAUAAAUAAAUACAUAUGUGUACUUGUUUGGAGUGUGUACUCAAACAGUGUAGGGUCUAUACUCUCGAGGUUUUAGCAAGGACAAGGAUCACGCUCUAGACUUACGACAAAUCAUAUCUUGUUUUUGGAUAUUAACGUUAUUUAACAAUGGGAAUUAUAAAUGUUAUUAUUAAAGUUUAUUUACGAUCUCAAUUUUUUGUUAAUUUAUGUGAAUCAAAUAAUAAUGAACUUGUCAGUUGUCGAGAAUCAAGGGCGUGAGAUGUUGCAGCAGGCAGAAGACUGCUCUGAAGAAAAUCCUGAUACCUGUAUAAUGAUCGGAAACUUGAGUACAUUUACAAGGAUACUUGCACAAUUGUGCGAACAGCGAGCAACUGUUCCUAUGAGUGCCUCUCAUUCGUUACACUGUAAUGGAAAUGAAAAUAAUGGUAAAAUUGGAUCAAAAAGGAUGGCGUAUCAAGUAUUUUUGGGUGGAUCCUGUAAUCCUACAACCUGGCGUUCAGAGAUAGCGAUUCCUACACUUCAAAGACUUGGAAUUACUUAUUAUAAUCCGCAAGUCUCUCAAUGGGGACCGGAACUAAUAGCUCAGGAAUACGAGGCAAAAGAAACGGCACAAGUUUUGCUUUUUGUAAUUGAUAAUGAAACUCGUAAUACUGCUAGUAUUAUUGAGGCGGCUCAAUUAGCGGCAACGCGAAGUCAUUCAUUAGUACUUGUUGUUUAUCAUUACCAACAAAAUCAAAAGAUUUUAGGAGAAACCAUAUCCGCACAGGAAUAUUGUGAUUUAAUGAAUGGACUUUUAGUACUUGAAUAUUUUAUGGAGAGACAACGAAUUCCUAUAUUUGAAAGUAUUUCCGGCGCUUUAAAUGGAACUUCAAAAAUCCUUCGAGAAGAAAUAAAUGUUCAAGAUUUGAACCACGAAGAUGGAAUGAAACCUGUGCAGAAUUCUACUCAUAAAAAUGGCGUCGAUACGAUAACAUUAAAAGAAGUGUUUAAUUCUAUCGAUGUCAAUCAUACGGGACUCGUUCGUUUAGAAGAUGCCUGGAGAGCGCUGCAAUCAAGUAUUAAGUGCAAUAUGUCAAUGUCAGAAUUAUUUAAUGUCAUUAGUAAAUCAGAUUCCUAUGAUAGUGUAAUGAAAAACUGUUCGAGUAUAGAAGAUUUAGCAGAGCAACAAAUAAAUUUAGAACAAUUUUGGGCGUUAGCGAAUGAAUGGAUGCAACGCUCGAAAAACAAUACAACAACAUGUGAAGACUGGAUGCACAGUCAUGUGCCUGAUUCAGAGAAACGUGAUUUGUAUAUUGGCGUCGUUGGUAAAGAUCACAUUUGGUUGGAAUCAUCUGCCAUACCGCUGAUUGAAUCAGUGGGACUAUCGUUAAACCGACCGAGUACAAAUGAUUACACAGUGAUGACAUUGCCCUCAGAAUUACAACGAAUGAAAAGCUCACGAGUAAUUUUAUUAGUAUUACCUCAGCAUUCACGAGGUAUUGCUAUUGCCGCAUUGGCAGCUCAUUUAAUUGGACUACGCGCUAAGCUCGUCCUUUGUAUACAAUUAAUGCCAGACGGCUGUGUUGUUUCCGGUGAAAAGUUGACCGAGCAAGCUACAAAAGACUACAACCGCGGUAGGAUGUAUCUCUCGGACUAUGCAAAGCGCGAAAGUGUACCUGUAUUUCAGAAGAUCGCUGACGCACUACAGCACGCGAUAAAGCUAGUUCAAAGUUCCUACGAUACUGUUGUAAAAGUAGAAGAUGAUGUUACAGGGAAGAAAGAUGGCUACUUGAGAUUAUUGCUAAGAUUUAUUUGUCUUUAUUGGAAGACGUUUGUUUUAAUACUAUGGCCACUGAUACUCUUGCCCUUGAUAAUAAUAAAAAAUGAACAAAUGUACAAAUGUUUAUAUGUCGUUGCGAUAAUGGCCAUGUACUGGGUUACUGAAAGUUUACCAUUGCCAAUAACAGGAAUGAUACCAAUAGUCCUCUAUCCGCUAAUGGGGAUUCUGAGCACGGGUGAUACAUGCGAUGCUUAUAUUAAUGAUACGACAAUAAUGUUUCUAGGCAGCCUGAUUAUAGCUGUCGUCAUUGAAAAUUCAGGAUUACAUAUGCGAGUUGCGUUACUUAUUAUUAAAUUUAUCGGCUGCAGUCAUCGGAAAUUAAGUCUUGGUCUUUUUUACGUGACGAUGUUUAUUUCAAUGUGGAUUUCAAAUACUGCCGCUACAGCUAUGAUGAUUCCUAUUAUUGAAACAGUUCUCGUAGAAUUAGAAGCGCAAGGUCUCGGUGACAUGUUUGUGUUUGAUGAUACGUCUAUUAAUCAAUCAGCAAAUCAUGAUGAAAGAUCAAAAAAACCAACACGCAGUACAAUGGUCUAUUAUUUGUCGGCAUCGUAUGCGUCUAGUAUUGGUGGAAUCGGUACCAUCGUUGGAAGUGGGGUCAAUUUAACCCUGAAAGGAUUAUACGAAGAACGAUUCAGCGAUGGUCCGGGAAUAAAUUUCGCUUCUUGGAUGUUUUAUUCCGUGCCACCGAUGCUCGUUAUGGGCUUCCUCACGUGGCUUUGGCUUCAAGUUAUGUACAUGGGACUUUUUAGGCCAAAAAGUCAAGACGCACGUGCAAUAAAUAUCGGCGAAGAAGGCGAAAAAGUUGCUAAAGCAGUUAUUGAUAAAAGAUACAGAGAUCUUGGGCCUGUUACGUGGUAUGAAUCCAUCGUCGGUUUUCUCUUUAUUUCAGUUGUUCUCCUUUGGUUCUUUAGAAAACCUGGAUUCGUGCGUGGCUGGCCUACUUACAUUACAGACCUACCAAUCAAAGACUCAACGGCCGUUAUUGGAAUAAUUAUUUUACUAUUUAUAAUACCGUCCAAAUUAGACUUCCUUCAUGCGUUUGACAAAGAUCCAAGUAAACGACCGACAAAACCAUCGGCUGCAUUAAUUGACUGGAAAACGAUUCAUCAAAAAAUGCACUGGAGUUUGAUUUUUGUUCUCGGUGGUGGAUUUGCUAUUGCUAAUGGUAGUAAAUACACUGGACUAUCUAAAAUGCUCGGUGAAGAACUCGGACAUCUAAAAAAUGUUGAUCCAUUGAUUACGUUAUUUAUUGUUUGUUUAUUUGCUGAAGUAGUCACGGAAUUGACAGCCAAUGUCGCGGUUGCCAAUAUCAUUGUUCCGGUUUUAGCUGAAAUGUGUGUCUCAAUAAAAGUUCACCCGCUGUACAUGAUGCUGCCAGUCGCUCUGUGCUGCUCUUUUUCAUUCCACUUGCCAGUCGGUACACCACCAAAUGCAAUUGUCAGUGCCGCUGGACAUAUCAAAACUAAAGACUUUAUUAUCGCUGGAAUAGGUCCAUCAUUGAUAACUCUAAUAAUCACAUGUUUAUCAUGGAGUACGUGGGGUGUUUAUGUAUUUGAUUUACAUGAGUUCCCUUCAUGGGCUCAUGAAAAGUAAUAUUUUCUUUCCCUAAAAGUAUUAAUUAAUAUCUAAUGCACUGACAUAAUAUUCAUAAAUAAUGUACAUCAAUCUCGAUAAUUAUAUUUUUGUUGAAAAAAAUUUAUUCCUUAUCAUUAUCUCCUUAUCAAUCAGAUACUUGUUUACUUAUUGUUAAUCCAGAU